CCCCGGCACCCCGGCCCCUGCGAGAGGAGGCGGCUCAGCGCCGAGCUGGUCGGACUGGUUCUGAGCAGGAAGUCCCCCGCCCUCGCUGCCGGCGGCCGAUCGACCCCGCGCGGGCCUGGGCGUCUGUCGGUCCGUCCGUCCGGCGGCCGGUCGGACAGCUAGCCGGCGCUCGCAGGCGCGCGGUCGGGCCGGCCGGGGCGGAGAUCAAUGCGGCUUUGUGCGGGGCCGCCCACACCCCGGGGGCCGCUCGGGGCGGCGGGUGCGAGCGCGGCGGGCCGGGCGGGCUGAGAUUAGCGGCCAUGUGACCUUACCUGGGCCGGGCGGCGGGGGAGGGGCGCGCAGGUGAGGCGGCGGCCGCCCGGCCCUGCACGCGCACUCGGCGGCCGCGGGCUCGGCGGCAUGGCUGUCAGCAGGAAGGACUGGUCCGCGCUGUCCAGCCUGACCAGGCAGUGGACUCUAGAGGAUGAGGAGGAGCAGGAACGUGAGCGCCGGCGGCGGCACCGAAAUCUGAGCUCCACCACAGACGACGAGGCUCCCAAGCUCGCCCAGAAUGGAGACGCACCGGCUGCCCAGAGACUGCCGAGCGUGGAGGAAGGAGAGGUGCCCAAGCCACGAACCUCAGCCUCUAAAGAUGAGGAGGAGGACACCCAGGCCAUGCUCAGGACCCGGCAGGAGUGGAGGCAGAGGCGGCAGGUGGUGGAGGCUGCGCAGGCCCCCAGCCCGCCGGGGGCACAGGAGCCAAGGGACAGCUCUGGCCCAGGGCAGGCCAAGCAGCAGCCCCUUGUGCCCAAGAAGGACGGGGAGCCGCCACCUCGCCGGAGACUGAGCCGGGAGCGGCGGGGCCCCUGGGCCGGGGAGGAAGAGAGCUUGGAGGGUCGAGAGUCCGAAGGUGGAAAGAAGGAGGUCUCAGAGAAGUCGGCAGUCUUGGAGAAGCCCCCCGUCCUGGGGAAGACAUUAGUACUUGGAAGGAGACUGGUCUCGAAGGAAACCUCCAUCUUGGAGAAGGCUCUGGGCCCUGAGAAAACAUCUGUGUCAGAGAAGAAGUCAAUUCUAGAAAAAACAAGUGUGUCGGAGAAGCUGCCAGCCCCAGGGAAGACUUCAGACACGGAAAGGAGAGUAGUUUCUGAGAAAGCAUCGCUCUUUGCGAAGUCUCUGGUGUCAGAGAAGACCCAGGCCACCGAGACAAAGCUGGCCCCAAAGAGAGCAGCUGCCUCAGGGCAGCCCCAGGCAGGGGGACAGCUGGCCUCGGGGGGAAGCCAGCCCCCUCCCACCACAGGGCAAAGGGGAAGGGCCCUCCCCGAGAAAAGCCCACCAUCCUCGGCCAAGCUGGGAGAGCAGGGGGCGCCAGACCCUCCGACUGUGGCUUCCCGCCUCCCGCCCGUCACAUUCCAGGUGAAAAUUCCCAGCAAGGAGGAAGAGGUGGACACACCCUCGCCCACCCAGGCCACCUACAGCAGCUCCCUCAAACGCUCCAGCUCCAGGACCAUCUCCUUUCGGAUGAGCCCCAGGAAAGACAGCUCAGAAACAACCUUAACCCGCAGCGCCAGCAUGCGGCUCCCGGCUGGCACAGUCAAGUUAGGGGAGAAGCUGGAGAGAUACCACUCGGCUGUCCAGAGAUCAGAAUCAGUCAAGUCUCCCGGCUCCUCCCGCACCGAGUUCUUUGUGGCUCCCGUGGGCGUAGCCAGCAAGCGCCACCUCUUUGAGAAGGAGCUGGUAGGCCAGAGCCGAGCAGAACCGGCCUCCAGCCGGAAGGAUAACUUGAGGCUUUCAGGGGUUGUGACAUCAAAGCUCAACCUGUGGAUCAGCAGGACCCAGGAGUCUGGAGAUCAGGACCCGCAGGAGGUGCGGAAAGAGUCAGGAGCCACCAAGAGGACCCAGUGGGGAAACAAAGUCUCCUCCCUGGAUGUAGAGGUGUGACGAGCCCUGCCAGGAUGGACCUGUGAGUCUGCAUCUCAGGGGCCCUCCCUCAGGCCAGGCCCCGCCACCAGCAGCAUCCCUGUCUCUCACCCCUGCUCCCUCUCUGCCUCUGGACCUGGCGCCACGAGUGUCGGGGAGCCUCAGCCACCUCCUUCCCAGUCUAGCGUCUGGUGGCGGGUGUGCCCCGGCCCCUUCUCGUCCCACUGCAGGCGCAGCAGAUCCCUGGACCCGGUGUCCGCCCGGGCACAGCACCGACUCUCGUCAGCACCGUGUGGCCUCCACGUCCUGUCCGGAGGUGGCCUCCAGGCCCUGCUCAUGUCCAGGGGCGGGGCGGUGCUGUCCCCCCGGAGUGUGCCUCCACGUGCCUGUGAUGUCGGUCCCUCACUGAGGCCUGGAGUCACCCCCCUCAGUCCCUGCGGCCUGCCUCCAGCUUGCUGAGGCCCGUCAGGCUAGAUUGGCCAGGCGCUGCCCUGUGUCUUCCGUGCGCCCCGUCUCCCUGCUUCCUUUGCCUCUCGUUUCCUUGGCCUGCUGCUCGGCCAGCAGCUUGGUGCCGUUUUGUGCACCCCUUCACCCUCUUUCUGAAAAAGCUGUUCUCAGGAAAGAGCUGAUAAACUCAUUCACUCUCAGGUGUGACUAAUAAGACCUUAAGAAUGGAUUCCUUCCCGGAGGACUUGCUUUUGAGUGGGGUCGUCUGCAGAGUGUGAGGAGGCUUGUUGUGACUGGAUGGGGGGGUCAGGGGUCGUUUUCCCUGCAGCCCCUCUUUUCCUCACGUUGGGGUGGGCGGCCACCUGGUCCUAGCCUAGUGGCUUGGCGGGGGGGCCGGGACUACAAUGCCACGGCUCUGCCACGCUUCCCCAGCGCGGUCUCCCCGCCCCCAGUGUCAUGGCCCGUGUGAGCUUGGAGAAGGCUGAGCUUUCUGAGCAUCUAGGGCAGACCGAACUCAGUCUGGUGCUCUGUUGAACCCCUUAAUGCUGUAAUUUAAAAAAAAGUGUAUGUAUGUGUGUGUACACACGUGUGUAUUAUACAUAUAUGGAUAUACAUUUAUAUCACAUAUUUAUAUACUCUAUAUUACACACACAUCUACACGUAUAUUAUACACACACACACACCUAUUUUUUUUCCCCCAUUUAAAUUUGAUUAGAACUCUUCUUCCUGACUGCUCUGGUUUUACCCAGAACCAGCUGGGGAGGGAGGGAAGGAGAAGUGCAGAGCCCUCCCCACUUCCACUUUGUCCCUUGUCCCCAGGCAUACCUGGAAAACCCCAGGGUUUCUCAGAACACAGCCCUUAAGGGCAUCACGAGGCCUUAGUUCCCCAAGCUUGUGGGCGCUGACACACCAGCCAGGGACUACCAGCCUUGUCCCAGCGUCUGUGACUAGGAGUGAGGGCUCCUGUCUUGGGUCCUUUGGUCCAGGGGACAGAAGGCACUCAGGGCCCCAUCUGUGCAGACCUCCCAGUGACCCCAGGCUGGCCCAUCUGCAGCUGGUGGCUGGUCCCGAGCCUGCACUGAGCUGGGGAUAGUGGGACCUGGAGGUCCCGCCCUGUACCCCACUAAUUCCCCCAAGGGCUGGAGCUUUUGCAAGAGCUCCACCUCCAGAAUUUGAGGACAAAACCAGCGUUGCCCAGAGACUCAAAGGACCUGCUGGACUCAAGGUUCAAACAAGGACCUAGGAUUUUUGGAUGCUCAUGUUCCCAAGUUUGGGAAGUCUCUUGGCAGGUGAAUUUGUUUUGCAGGCAGGACUGUCCUCACAUAGGCUUUUCUUGGGAGAGACUCCCAGAAACCCUCCUCCAGAGUGGAGGCCUGGGUGGGGGCGGAGGGGACUGGCUUGGGCCGGGGUGUCUGGGGGAUCGUGGUGGCUACUUCCUCAGGGUGUUGAAACGCUUCAUGCCUGCACAUCCUCCCUGGGGUGACCAUCAAGGACAGGCCGCAGGGUAGAGUGUUGGGAGACAUGACCCCGUGACUCCCUGCCCUUUGCAUUCAUGCCUCCCUUCUUCCCUUCCCCCACAAAGAGGCCCUGAUCUCAUUCCUGGCAGGGGACAGCCACGCGACAAGGAGACAAUUAUAUGCACAAGAUGAUUUCAGCUGGGGACAGGUGUGAGGACAGAGUGCAGCAUGCUGGUGACUGGAUGGCUAAGCGGGCAGGGGAGGACUCUUGGGGGAGGUGACAUUGAGCACCCUCUGGAGAGAGAGGUCUCCCUAUCCAUAUACCUACCACUCCUUGCCCAGUCUACUCUCCUGCCCUAGUGUCCUUGGGACCCCACACAUGCCCUGCUCUUUUGUGGGUCCUUAAAGUUGCAAGCAGUGUUCCGGUGUAUGCUUCCUCCAGUAAAACUCUGGGUAAGCACCAUCUCUUUGUUUUCUCUUCCCUUCCACCAUUAGCUCUAGGAGGGAACUCAUGUAGUGUAAGGACAGGGCACCCAUGACAGGCUGGGAGCAGCCCUGCCGUGUCAAGGUGUGGCUGCUGGAAAGCGGCUGGAUUUUCUCACUGCCUGCCUGUCCCCCCCGCUUCUCUGAAUUAAAUCCCUGCUUUAGAACAGUUAGUAAAAGCCUCACAUGGUCCAUGAGCGCCAAGAACCUACUGGAUUUUUUCGGGGAGGCUUUGGUGAUUUAGGUGCUCAGGUGCCUCUCCCAGGCAUCUGCGCAAACAAAUUAUGGCCUGUUUGAAGGACUGUUGGGCUUAUGAGGAACAGUUACCCACUGAAAGUGGCUCAAGUGAAGGGAAGGCCUAAGACAAGCAAUCCCUAGAUUCCAGGAGAUUCCAGGCCAGGACACAAAGCAAGGCUGGGCCCCGGUGGGCUAGAUAGAAGGACCAUAAUGCUUUUCUUCCAUCUCUCAGGGACAGCCUGGUUGUUCCCUGUUCCUCUGUCAGCUUGCUCCCCCCACCUGCCCCCCCCCCGCCUCCUUUCUGCUGGCCCAUGCCCCCUGCUCCCCCAGGAUGCUGUCUGGCAGGCCCGUGGCCUCGGCUCGCCCUGCCACAGCUCUGCUGGCCGCCUAGAGGGGCUCAUGGCGGGAUAAGCCUAAAGGUGGGCCAUCAGACCACUGGGCUCCGAGGCCACUGGGGACCCUGGAGGGGACAGUUUCAGCUGAGUUGAUGGGGCAAGAGUAUGAUAGCGGAGUCAGGGAGCCGCAAGUGGAAAUCCCACAUUCUCUCAAGAACGGUGGCGGUGGGCACAGCAGAGUAGCUCCCAAGACAGCAGGACUGAGAAGAGAGCCCAGGACUGGGAGGCUUGGAUACAUGGUCAGGUGGGGGGAGGAGGCCAGGAAAGGGGGAGACUGGCUUUCUUCACCCACGGAGAAAUAGAUAAGAAUGUGCAUCACUGAUGGGCAAGAUCUGGAAGGGCCGGGGGUUUCAGAGUUCAGGGGCACACGGGAGGAGUGGGCCUGGCCCAGAGGAGGGAUGUUCCUUCUUCAGAGGUAGGGGAGAGGCCUUGGAGACUCAGAGACAUUGAGGAGGGCAGUCAGCUCGGACUUGCUUUCCGCCCCCGAUUUCCAUCCUGUAUUGAGCCCCAGGAUGUCUUGGGCACUGUGCUAGGGGCUGAGGACAUGCAAGCCAACCACAAAACCCCUGGAUCCUGGCCUACGGAUCUUACAGUCUAGUAGGUUUAGCAGAUCGUGGUCCCGUAUUCCUUCAUCUUCAAGCCUUAGGGGGAUGCACUUCAGCGGUCCUCAUGGCCCCCUCAAACAACCCAGCUGCCUGUCCAAGGAGAACCAUCAUUCCUGAUUGGAAGUUCUACCUUGUAUCUGACCCCCUGGAGCAGUUUUAGUUCCUUCCCGGUGAGGAGGGCUUGUCACAUGGCUCUAGGGGGGCCUGGAGCAGACCCACUUUGCAGAUGUCCUCACUGAGGCCUGCUGAGCCUGCCUGCAAGGCCCCUCAGCCCAGUAGAAACAGCCAGUAGCCUGGAAGACAUCUUUCCCCACAGCAUCAUUUUCUGUGUAGCUGCAGAUAAGCCCUUCCCUCUGCCCACCAGACCCCCCUGGCCCAGAGACUCAUGAAGUGUCUCGGAGGUUGCCCUCUGCCCCCCAGCCCUGCUCCCAGCCUGCCUUCCCAGGCCUGGGCCUCUGGCAUCUGCUUUAUCAGGAUUCUUAAGAGGGAUAGCUGGUUUCUGUUCCAUGCCUGCUCCCUCCUCUCUUGCCUGCGUAUCUGCUCUGGUUUUAAAUAGCUUAUCUGAGCAGCUGGACAACCACAUGGGCUUAUAUGGCGUGGGCUGCAUGUCCCUUUAGCCCUGUCCCCGGCACCUGCCAAAAUAGCACCCAGCACCCCCCGCGCCCCCGCCGCGUCUCCGGCUGCACAUCCCUCCCACCGCAGGGCUUGGCUUACGGGGCCCCAGCCCACAGGCCUGCUUAAAGCCCUCUCCAUCCCCUGCCCUCACCCAGUCCCCGCUGAGGCUGAGCAGAUACCUCGGGAUCUGUCGGCAGCUCCUGGUUUGAGGUAAGACUUGGGCACGGCUCGAGAUGGGGAGAGCAGAGAGGAGAGGGAAGAUGUCUUGCAGCCUGGCACCUUUCCCAGAGUCUGCCUGCGUCCACACUGUGGGGAUGUCAGAGUUGCUGGUGGUCCACGUUCCCUCCGAGAAGAGGCCACGCUUUAGAGGAGGUGUCGCAGGGAUGGGACUCCGAGACUAGCGCCGUAGGGCAGCAGUGACCCUCUGUUAGCAGUCAGAGCCUUGGAUCUGAGUCCCAGACCUGCCACUAAAGAUACUGUGUAGCUGGAAAGUCUUGGGUGACUACCUUUCCCUCCCUGGGCCUCAAUUUCCUCAUCUGUAGAAUGGACGAGAUAAUCACUAGGCCUCUGCCUGCUCAAAAGACAAUGAAGCUCUAAGCAACGGGGCCUCCCCCAGAUUGCUCGGCCCCGACCCUCACCUCCAGGCCUAGGGCCCCCUGAACCUUUCCAGGCAGGUCCUUCUGGAUUCAGAGCAGAGCAAGACUGCGGUCGUAUCAGUCACAAAGAGGGCCUGGUGGUCAAAUUCUCAUCUCCAGCAAGUCAGUAACUGUCUUGGAAGCGUUGAGAAAGAGCACACUUGCAGGGCAGGCAGGGACCUCUGGAGCAGCUCUGCAAGCAGACAGGAGACGUUUUCUGACUUCCAGAGCCAGCACCACCCCCCUCUGCAGAGAGAAAGCACUGCCAAGCAGCAUUUGGGGGACUGAGGGGGGAGAGACCCCACCGCAAGGUCCUCUUGUGGGCUGUGAGCCCAGCUCCAGGGGUCAGAGUCUAGCUGCCCCCUGCCCCCAGGGUCUCUGCGAAUGUGACCCUUGCCCCACCUCAUCCCGACAUGCCCUGGAGGGACAGACCUUGCUCUGGGUCUGGGAGUGGCAGAGAAGGUCAUAUUCCCUUGAUUUUCAGCUUCUCCUGGGCAGGCGGAGCAAAUAUCUACGGAAGUGAUUGCCUGGAGUGCAAGGAAUUUCAAAGCACAUUCCGGGCCCUGUGCAGUUGGGAAGCCACCUGACCUCCAGAAUUCCUCCUCUGACCCCAGUCUCACAGGGCAGGUCCUCUGAGCGGCUUGGGUUACCCACUGGCCCCCCUCAACCUUGUCCCCUAGCUCUCCUGGUGGGCUGACAGCUGCAGGCUUGGGAGGAGUCCAGCUGGAUGCUGGGGACAAGGGCUGAGGGAUGGGGCCUACAUUCCUCAGAGACUCAGAGACUUGUUUCUGCAAGACGGGAACUUGAAGCUCAUCUAUUUUAUAGAUAAGCUAAUAGAAGCCUAGAGAGAUUAAGUGACUUAGCUAAGGUCACACAGCAAAAACUGGGUUUUAAACCCAGAUCUUUUUUUUUUUUUUUUUAAAGUAAUCUCUAUGCCGAAUGUGGGGCUUGAACUCACAACCCCAACAUCAGGAGUCUCCGGGUCUAUGGACUGAGUCAGCCAGGCACCCCUACAUCCAGAUCUUUUGACCUUAUGGCCAUUGUUCUUUGUGCCUUGUAUUGUUUUUGACAUACUCCCCCAGGAAGGUGACCCUGAUCUCUUGGCUGUGAGGGAAUUUGGCUAGAAAGCAGUCUGUGGAAGCAGGUGAGGGUCUGGGUGUGAAGACACAGCUGCUUUGCACAUUCUCAUUCCUCGCCUUGACAGGGUCCUGACUGGAUCUCAUUCCAAAGCUGUAACCUCAGCCCAUCCCCUGCCACUUCAUGUCUUGCCUUUGGGCCAUUGGCUUGGCAGCGUCCUCUUGGGUGAAUUCAAGCCCUUCCCUGCUCUCCAUCCUUGCUAUUUUUAGGAGUUGGAUGGUGCUCCCGGGAGCAGGGAGAAGGCUCCAAGCUGCUCUUUCUUCCUCUGAGCCCCCGAGCCAUGGCUGGUGGCUCUGAGCUGGUGGGAGGGCAGGGCAGGAGAGGAGAGAAAGCUAGAGGCCACAUGCCCCAUGCUGGCAUGCAUAGCUCCCCUGAGAAACUUCUCUGUCCUGCCUGAGGUGACAGACUCCUCCCAGGGUGCUAGUCCUGGCUACUGCCCUGGGGCUUGGGGCAGAGCAUAUCUGGGGUUAGGGGGCUAUUCUCUUUGGCCACUCUCAUCCGAAGACCCGUUUGGAGAUGCUCUGGAGUUUGGGUCUUUCUUCAGCACAGUGAGGGUCCAUCCUCCUGCAUGACACCAUUCAUGCCGGCCAUCUCUUCUCGCCCACCCCCAUCCCAGGGGAGCCAAACCGUGGCUCAGAGUUUCUGUCCAAAGCUCUGUGUAAACCCUCCCUCCCUGCCCCCACCCUACUCCUGCAGAGAGAGCUGGGGAGGGCCCUGCCUGGCUACAGGCGCGCUCGUCCUGAGCCCAGCAGGACCGGACAUCUCUGGAGCAGGUUCAGAUGAGCGGCCAGCUCGAGGCUGCCAUGGACACUGGGUCUGGGGGAGUUCUCCACGCGGAGGGGCAGUCAUGAGCAGAGGCUCCUUCGGAGUUCCUCAACCUGAAAGCGGCUGCCUGGCAGCAGACAUCACCCCACCCCGCCAGAGCAGGGACUGUCCCUGGGUGUCCGCAGGUGGGUGCCUGGGGCGCCACUCCAGGAGGAUGUGCAGGGAGAGGUGGAGAGGGUGGUAAGCGGUGCUCUGUGGCCCCGUCCCUGUGGCUUGGGUCAGAAGUUGGUGGCUCACGAGAAGCCUCACUGAGGCGGCCGCCCUCACACCACCUUACCCUUCUCCUCGCUGGGGCAGAGGACAGCUUUCAUGCUGCCCAGCUCUGGGGGGCGUCGUUCAGCUCUCAGCCAGUGUGAGCGGCGUCCCUGGGCGGCACGUUGCUGUGGCCCAGGAGGGUUGGGUUAUAAUGGGUAUUCAUCAGGGGUCUGCUCUGGGCCAGGUACUUUAUUAGCUCUGAGCCCCACAGCCUCCCCAGAGGAGGAGCCCUUUCACGGAAGAGGGGACUGAGGGGGAAGGAGGUUACGUGACCUUUCCAAGGUCACAGGCAAAUGUGAGAUGGAGCAAGGAUUCACAUCCGGGUUUGUCUCGCCUCUCCCUGUAAUUGCAUGGAAAUACAAUAAAACCUGACAUUGCCUCGUGCUUUCCACUUUCCUUAAUGUCCACUUACUCCUCAUAAAGACCCCUGAGUAGCCAGGAUGUGUAUGUUGUAUCUCCGUGGUUCAGAGGUGUUAAACAAAGACUUGCCCAAACACACUCAGCAACCUGAUGGAAGAGGAUUCGAAUUGUCCUUUCCUAUCCCAAUUAAGGGAGUAUCUCAAAUUGAGUUCCCUGGGCAAACAUUCUUUAAUUGGAAUUUGUAUUGAUCAGCGGUAGUUUAAUGUGAAAUCCCGAGAUGAUACGGGUCCCAUGUACACUUUGCCCAGUCCCCCCAACGGUACAUGUGCACAUCUGUGGUAUGGAUCGAAACUAGGACAUGGACUUCGCUACAAACCAUAGCCUGAUGUAGACUUCCCCAGCUCUACUUAGACCGAGUGUGUGUGAAAUUCUCUAUGGUUUUAACCUGUGUAGGCUCAUGUGUUCAUCACCACACUCAAGACACGAGACCGUUCUAAAACCACAAAAGUCCUA